AUGUGGAAGAUGUUUACACUCAAUUACAAGUGGAUCGACAAAUUGCCGCGUCUCGUAUCAGAUUACAACGCGCGCAAGCAUCGCACUAUCGGCAUGCGACCCACCAACGUAACUCCCGCGAUCGCCGAAAGACUCUUGGACCCGGUGUACAGCGUGAUAAAAAUCGCUGGUCCAGCAAAAUUCAAAGUAGGCGAUUCGGUACGCGUGAGCAAGUACAAGACGGUUUUUGAGAAGGGUUACACGCCAAAUUGGACCACCGAGGUGUUUACGAUCGUUAAAGUACAGCGUAUCAAUCCCGUAACCUAUCUACUCGAGAACUAUCGCGGAAAAUCCGUCGCUGGUGAGUUCUACGAGCACGAAUUUCAUCGCACUACUCAUCCGGACGUGUAUCUCGUGGAGAAAGUACUGCGUAGGAAGGGAGACAAGGUGCACGUCAAGUGGUUGGGAUUCGAUGGAUCGCACAAUUCAUAG